AUAAAAUUAUUGUUGUUGUUGUUGUUGUUGUUGUUUACAUUUAAUGAUGUUUUGUAAAGUCGCGUUUCUAUUGGUGAUCGCAAGUACUGCGGUACUUGGGGCCCCACAGUUGCAACAACAGCAGGGCAAAGAGGUGCCGAUCAUUUCGCAGGAGAGCGACAUUCAACCCGACGGCAGCUUCAAAUGGUCCUUCGAGGCGGGAGACGGUACUAAAGCGGAACAAAGUGGACAACCCAAGCAGAUCGAAAAGGAGACUCCGGUGGUGAUGCAAGGAUCCGCCUCCUGGACCGACAACGAGGGCGGUAACCACCAACUGACUUACGUGGCCGACGAGAACGGGUACCAACCACAAAGCAACGAUCUCCCGAUCGCUCCGGAAAUUCCCGCAGCAAUCCAGAGGGCGCUCGAGUGGAACGCCGCCCAUCCAGAACAAGACGGAAACCAGUAGUCGUCCCCAUAGGGUUUCCCCAUUUCGCUCAACACGGACUUACCCCCCUCGAAUGCUCUUCACGUAAUAUGAAUGAUGAUACUCGUAUAUAAAUAAGGCUGCCUGUGGUAUUUUUUUUUGUAUAUAUAAAUAUAUAUUGUGUUAUAAAAUA